AUGUCCAUAUCGACCUUCACCUUGCCCGGGUCAGACCUGCGCAUUAACAGUACACCGGAUCUGGCUCGUGACGAGUUGCUCUCUUUCCCCGCCUUCAAGACUUGGCUGUCAACCCUGCAGAAUUCACUUGCUCGGCAGUCGAAUCCGGCACAUGAGUUCCAUAGUGACCCGUAUGUGCUCCGUCAGAUCGAUGUCCAGGCCGUGGACCGGUUUGGCGGUGGACGGUUGGGGUUUGUCAAGUUGAAGGCCGACGUAUCGAAUGGUCAGGGCGAGAAGUUACCAGGGAGCGUCUUCUUGCGUGGUGGAAGUGUGGGCAUGCUUCUCAUUCUUCAACCAGAUGACAUUCCUUCAUCUGAGGAGAAGGGGAAACGGGCUAUUCUAACUAUCCAGCCUCGCAUCCCUGCUGGAUCUCUAGCAUUCGCCGAAAUCCCUGCAGGCAUGCUCGAUGAUAGCGGGACCUUUGCUGGUGGUGCAGCGAAGGAAAUUGAAGAAGAGACUGGGCUGCAGGUCCAGCAAAGUGAAUUGAUUGAUAUGACCUCUUUAGCUUCGGAAUUGACCGAAGGCUCGUCGGAGAAUGGCGAAACCCUUCAGAAAGCGAUGUACCCCUCUGCUGGGGGCAGUGACGAGUUUAUUCCUUUGUUCUUAUGUCAAAAGCGCAUGCCUCGAAGGGAUAUCGAGGAGUUGCAGGGCAAACUGACUGGGCUGCGGGAUCAUGGAGAGAAAAUUACUUUGAAGGUUGUUCCUCUGGAGGAUCUGUGGAAAGAAGGGUUGCGAGAUGGGAAGACGUUAGCUGCUUGGGCUCUCUACAAGGGCCUCAAAGAAGCUGGGAAGAUUUAA